GCAGAACCGGCACAGUGUCAGUGGAUACUUAGCUCCGGUCAACAGUGGACCUGCUUACCUAGUGUACCUACAAUCUACAAGUCUACCCGUCUACUGUAUACAGUGCUUAUCAGCUAUGACGCCCACACCAGGCAAUGAUACCGGCGAGAUGACCCGCGCAAGACGUCAACUGACAGCCUCCUCGGACUAUUUGUCAGAGGACGAGCUUCAGAUCAUCGAGCGCGGCGGAGGACGCCUCUUCUCGUCCCAUCACCGUCCUCGGCCUUCCAUCGUCUCCUCGGCGACGUCCUCAGCAGCGAGCGUCGCUACCAGCGGAGGAUCCACCACCGCCUUGAUCAAGCAGAAGAGGAGACAAGGGUACUUUACCCGCGCCAAGCCCAGGAUGGACCCAGGACAACAGAAGGAGUUGAACCUCCUGCUAGCCCGUCCCCAGGUGCCCGAGAUCACCGAAAAAGUCGGGGCGAAGGCCGAGGAGAUGGUCAACUUUGUAGACGACAAGCCUGAGGAGCCGGCGAGUCAAACUGUGAUCAACGUCGACGAUCAAGAGGGUCACACCUACGUGCCUCAGGUGCUGGCAGCAAUCUCUGUGUCCCUGGGUUCCAUGAUCGUGGGAUUCGUCAGUUCCUACACUUCACCUGCCAUUCCUUCCAUGAAAGAUCAACCUGGGGCACUAGGUCACAUUACGGAGAACCAUGAGUCCUGGAUCGGUAGUUUACUGCCACUCUUUGCCAUCUUUGGAGGUAUGAUAGGAGGUCCAGCAAUCGACAGGAUAGGUCGCAAAACCACUAUUCUUCUGACAGCAUUUCCUUUCCUACUUUCGUUCAUGCUGAUCGCCUUUGCCAUGAACAUCGGCAUGGUGUAUGCGGGAAGAUGUAUUGCUGGGUUCUGUACUGGUAUCAUCACCCUGGCUCUACCUGUCUACCUUGGGGAGACAAUCCAGUCAGAAGUCAGAGGCAUUCUAGGACUGCUGCCAACAUCUGUUGGUAAUCUAGGUAUCCUCGUAUGUUUCUUCUCCGGCAAGUACCUCAACUGGUCAAACCUAGCUCUAGUCGGAGCUGCCAUCCCCAUCCCCUUCAUCAUCUGUAUGUUCCUCAUCCCCGAGACUCCUCGUUGGUACAUCGGCAAGGAGAAGAAGAAGCGAGCUCGUAAGGCCCUGCAGUGGCUGAGAGGCAGAUACACCGACGUUAGCCAGGAGUUCAGCGAGAUUGAGAAAAACCACCAUGAGUCCCAGCUGGAAGAUUCAAACCCUGGUCUAGGAGAGCUGUUUUCCCGCCGUUACGCAAAGCCUCUGGUCAUUUCCAUGGGACUUAUGCUGUUCCAACAGAUGAGUGGAAUCAACGCUGUCAUGUUCUACACUGUGGACAUCUUUAAGGCAAGUAAGAGCUCCAUUGACAACAACCUCUGCACCAUCAUCAUUGCUCUAGUGAACCUCGUUACAGUCUUUGUCAGCUCUGCUCUGAUUGAUCGUCUUGGUCGCAAGAUCCUUCUCUACCUGUCCGGCAGCCUUAUGACAGUCACCAUCACUUCCCUCGGAAUCUACUUCUACUUCAGAGAGUACACGAGUGUGGACAUGGACCAUCUGGGGUGGAUUCCUCUUGUCAGCUUCAUCGUAUACAUUAUCGGAUUCUCCAUCGGAUUUGGCCCCAUUCCUUGGCUCAUGAUGGGAGAAAUUCUGCCUGCCAGAAUCAGAGGAUCAGCUGCUUCCAUUGCCACCAGUUUUAACUGGUUCACCACAUUCUUCAUCACCAAGACCUUCAAAGACUUUGGCAGCCAAUGGGGCUACAGCAUGCCGUUCCUCAUGUACGGCGCUUGCUGCUUCAUAAGUCUUUUCUUCGUGUUCUACUGCGUUCCCGAAACACAAGGCAAGAGCCUGGAAGACAUCGAGAGGAAUCUGAUCGGUGAAGGUCCCAAGAUUCCAGUCAGAACGGCCAGAAGAAUGAGCUCCAUCGCUAACCUGAAGCCAACUCCCAUAGCGAUAUAAGUACGUCGCGAUAUAGCGAUAUUGCUGUUACGUUGUUGCCAGUCAUCCUGUACAAAGAUAAUUUUGAGGAUUGAGAUGUAUAUAGGAUUGAGAUUGAUUGUGUAGAGCACAAAGGUAGUCUUCCAUCACUCGGUGGAGCUGAGUUGUUGAAAUUUAUUUCAAUCUUUCUUGAUUCAUAUUGAAUUUGAAUCUGAUUAAGACAAUUAACUGUAGAAGUUAUGCGUGUACUUAUAUUUAAAAUUCGUUCUUAUGACAUUCCAAAAUCAUACUGACAUUCCGUUCCUCAAGAAAGAUCUGAGAAUUUGAAUCUUUAGUCUUAAGGCUGUUCUGCUAGGAAGGUUAAGCUUUGGUUAGAACCGAAGGGCGCCGAGUGAGAAUAAUGACAACGUUUUGGUUGUCCAGUGAUGUUUAUUAUAAAGUCAGGGUUUAGUGUUACCAGUUAAUGAUUCGCUAUUGUACAUAUUGUUGUUAAUAAUGUUAUUAUUGUUAUAAAUUAUUUUUGUUGCUUCGUUAGUCGUCAGCACUGAUCUGUGAGCCAAGGUUGACUUGCGGCGGACUGAUUUUGAUAUGGAUUCAGCAUUUAAUAUCAAAAUAUUAACUAGUUUUAGUGAGAAUUACUUCAUAACUUAGCCAUUAUAGACAUCUACUAAAUUAUUGUAGUGUAAUAAGUGCCUUUCCUGAUAUUAUAGAUACAUUAGAGACUGUUUAUAUUUUGAUACUGCAGUUGCAAAUUUAUGUUGAAUUUAAGUCCAAAGCCGUUUCUAUCCUUAAAACGUUUGUUAAUAACAGAACUAGUUUUAGCUUUCUAAAACUUAUAUUCAAGUAUAAAUCAAAACUACUUUCUUAUUGACCUGAACUAGUUAUAUUACUAGUAAAUAAAUUCAUUACCCAUAUCAUGUUUUGAUUUUAAAAUUAGUAACGUGUGCAAUUUGAAACUCUUGGUCAACCUUUUGUAUGGACUUUUUCAACAUAAGUUUGCAAAAUGGGAUAUAAAAUGAGAAUUACAUUGUGUUAACUUAUUUUUUAUUUUAUCUUAGGGAUAUAGAUAGACGAAUUGUAUUUAUACCUACUAAAUAAAGUAUUGUGAUCAUUUUUAAACAA